AGUCAAGGAAGUCACUUUGUCGCCUAUGGCUUCUCAAAACUGAAUUUCAAGAAAAUUCACUCUUCCGUUUCCUUUGCCGUUCCUCAACUGUGAGGGAGAUGAAGGUCCAGACCCUGGAACCCCGAGCUUCCUUUUUCUACGCCUCACAGUUUUUGCGCUGUCGCUUUUUUUAUUACCCCUGUUAUGCCGGAGAGGAAAUCGGGCUCAGAAUGAAGUUACCUGCUGGACGUCACACAGCAGAGGAAAUGGCGGAACCUGGACUAGAUCCUAAAACGUCUAAAUCCCGGUUUGGACAUGCCCCCUGUCCUGGGGUUGACUGAGUGGGUCACUACCCCAAGGGCUCUACCACUGCCCAGGUAGAAAUGCGGCAUCUCUGGCAGACAUUGCCGGGGCCUCCUCCCCACCGACUGGGGCAAAGGACCCUUUAGGGAAGGCGGCAGCCACGGACGAGGAAGGCUGGGGUCCAGAUCCUGGGUCUAAGCUCCGCCCCUCUCUAGGCUGGCUGUGCGGCCGGGCUUCCGGGCCCUGCGCUGUGAUUGGCCGGUCUCUGCAGCGAGCGCCGUGAUUGGCCCCCUUGCGGCCGUUGAGAUUUGAACUCCACAUUAAUGGCUUUGCCCGCGCGUCUCCUGGCUCAGAGGCAGGUUUUUGCCCCCGCCUGCCGGGGAUUGGCCGGUUUCUCUGCGCGCUUGAGUGCUGCCUCGCUGAUUGGUGCGUAUUAUGCAUGCCCGGUUUCCUUCUUCAUUUCAGCUCCACAACCGGAGUCCCAGGAACGGCCGGUGAGGUUGUCGGCCCUGUGAGCCAGUAGGAAAAGGAUGUCUCCCCAGCUGUAUGAGUUCCAUCUGCCCUUAACUCCAGAGGAAUUGUUGAAAAGUGGAGGGGUGAAUCAAUAUGUUGUGCAGGAGGUACUGUCUAUCAGAAAUCUUCCAUCACAGCUUAAAGCAUUUCAGGCUGCCUUCCGAGCUCAGGGGCCCCUGGCAAUGCUGGAGCACUUUGAUACUGUCUAUAGCAUUCUACAUCACUUUCGAAGUAUAGAUCCUGGCCUCAAGGAAGAUGCCCUGGAAUUCCUGAUAAAAGUGGUAUCCCGUCAUGCUCAGGAACUUCCAGCUGUCCUAGAUGAUACAACUUUGAGUAUAUCAGAUAGAAACGCCCACUUAAAUGCCCUCAAAAUGAACUGCUAUGCUCUGGUACGCCUCUUGGAAUCCUUUGAGACCGUGACCAGCCAGACAAGUCUCGUGGACCUGGACCUUGGUGGGAAGGGUAAGAAAGCCCGGGCCAAGUCAGCCCAUGGCUUUGACUGGGAAGAGGAGAGGCAACCUAUUCUUCAGCUUUUAACACAGCUGCUUCAGUUGGACAUUCGUCACCUGUGGAACCACUCAGUAAUUGAAGAGGAGUUUGUCAGUUUGGUCACUGGUUGCUGUUACCGCCUUCUGGAGAACCCCACCAUUAGUCACCAGAAGAACCGCCCCACCCGGGAAGCCAUAACACACCUGCUUGGUGUAGCCUUGACACAUUAUAACCAUAUGCUCAGUGCCACUGUUAAGAUCAUCCAGAUGCUGCAGCACUUUGAACACCUGGCACCUGUACUGGUGGCAGCUGUGAGUCUGUGGGCAACUGAUUAUGGAAUGAAGAGCAUAGUGGGAGAGAUUGUAAGAGAGAUUGGACAGAAGUGUCCCCAGGAGCUGAGUCGGGAUCCUACAGGAGCAAAGGGCUUUGCAGCCUUCUUGACAGAACUAGCAGAACGUAUUCCAGCGAUCCUGAUGUCCAGCAUGUGCAUUUUGCUAGAUCAUCUGGAUGGAGAGAAUUACAUGAUGCGCAAUGCUGUGCUCGCAGCCAUGGCAGAGAUGGUGCUGCAAGUUCUGAAUGGUGAUCAGCUGGAGGAAGCAGCCCGAGACACCAGAGACCAGUUCUUGGACACCCUGCAAGCCCAUGGCCAUGAUGUCAACUCCUUUGUACGAAGCCGUGUUUUGCAACUCUUUACCCGAAUUGUCCAGCAGAAGGCUCUCCCCCUGACACGUUUCCAGACAGUGGUGGCCUUAGCAGUGGGCCGUCUGGCAGACAAGUCGGUGCUAGUAUGUAAAAAUGCUAUCCAGCUGCUGGCCAGUUUUCUCACCAAUAAUCCCUUUUCCUGCAAGCUUAGUGAUACUGACCUUGCUGGCCCACUGCAGAAGGAAACCCAGAAAUUACAAGAGAUGAGGGCUGAGAGGCAAACUGCUGCAGCUGCUUCCGCAGUGCUGGACCCAGAGGAGGAGUGGGAAGCCAUGCUGCCAGAGUUGACGUCUACCCUACAACAACUGCUAAAACUUCCCCAGGAAGAAGAGAUUCCUGAGAAAAUUGCCUCUACAGAGACCACUGAAGAGGUGAAAGGACGCAUUCGUCGGUUGCUUGCCAAAGCUAGUUACAAGCAGGCCAUCAUUCUCACUCAAGAAGCCCUGGGCCACUUCCAGGAGUCUGAACCCUUCAAUCAUAUGGACUCAGAGGAGGUAGAGGAGACCAGGUUUCUGAAUCUCUUAGAAACUAUCUUCAAAGAUCCAUCAGCUUCCAUACAGGAGAAGAAUCCCCAGGUAUCUGCAGAGAACAUGGGCCCAGAACAGACUGACUAUAAAGACAAACCUGAGAAAUCCAAGGGAAAGGACGAACUGGUGAAGCAAGAGAUGCUGGUGCAGUAUCUGCAGGACGCCUAUAGCUUCUCUUUGAAGAUUGCAGAAGCCAUUGGUAUCAUAAGCAAGAUGAUGUAUGAAAACACAACCACAGUGGUACAGGAGGUGAUUGAAUUCUUUGUGAUGGCAUUCCAAUUUGGGGUGCCUCAGGCCCUGUUUGGGGUACGCCGCAUGUUGCCCCUCAUCUGGUCUAAGGAGCCUGGUAUCAGGGAAGCUGUGCUCAAUGCCUACCGCCAACUUUACCUCAACCCCAAAGGGGACUCUGCCAGAGCCAAGGCCCAUGUUUUGGUUCAGAAUCUGUCUUUGCUGCUAGUGGAUGCCUCAGUUGGGACCAUUCAAUGUCUUGAGGAAAUUAUCUGUGAGUUUGUGCAGAAGGAUGAAUUGAAACCAGCAGUGACCCAGCUGCUUUGGGAGCGGGCAACUGAGAAAGUCCCCUGCUCCCCUCUGGAGCGCUGUUCCUCUGUCAUGCUUCUUGGAAUGAUGGCACGAGGAAAACCAGAAAUUGUGGGAAGCAACUUAGACACACUGGUAAGCAUAGGGCUGGAAGAAAAGUUUCCACAGGACUACAGGCUGGCUCAACAGGUGUGCCAUGCCAUUGCUAACAUCUCUGACAGGAGAAAGCCUUCUCUGGGCAAACGUCACCAUCCCUUCCGGCUACCUCAGCAACACAGGUUAUUUGAGCGACUACAGGAGAUGGUCACAAAAGGCUUUGUCCACCCAGACCCACUCUGGAUCCCCUUUAAAGAGGUGGCUGUGACCCUCAUUUACCAGCUGGCAGAGGGCCCGGAGGUGAUCUGUGCCCAGAUACUGCAGGGAUGUGCGAAGCAGGCCCUAGAGAAGCUAGUGGAGAAGAGCACCUCCCAGGGUGACACGAAGGAGACCCCCACGCUCUCCACUUUCCUGUUGAUGAACCUGCUGUCCCUAGCUGGGGAUGUGGCUCUGCAGCAGUUGGUGCAUUUGGAACAGUCAGUGAGUGGAGAGCUCUGUCGGCGCCGAGUUCUUCGGGAAGAACAGGAAAAUAAAACUAAAGAGCCAAAGGAGAAGAAUGUAAGCACUGAGACCACCAUGGAGGAAGAGAUGGGGCUGGUCGGGGCCACUGCUGAUGACACAGAGGCAGAACUAAUCCGUGGCAUCUGUGAGAUGGAACUGUUAUGUGGCGAACAGAUAUUGGCUGCCUUUGUUCCACUUCUGCUUAAAGUCUGCAACAACCCUGGCCUCUAUAGUAACCCAGAGCUCUGUGUAGCUGCGUCACUUACCCUUGGCAAGUUCUGUAUGAUCAGUGCCACUUUCUGUGACUCCCAGCUUCGUCUUCUGUUCACCAUGCUAGAAAAGUCCUCACUCCCCAUUCUCCGGUCUAACAUCAUGAUUGCUACUGGGGAUCUGGCCAUCCGCUUUCCCAACCUGGUGGACCCCUGGACACCUCAUCUGUAUGCUCGCCUCCGGGACCCAGCCCAGCAAGUGCGGAAAACAGCGGGGCUGGUGAUGACCCACCUGAUCCUAAAGGACAUGGUGAAGGUGAAAGGACAGGUUAGCGAAAUGGCUGUGCUGCUCAUUGACCCUGUGCCUCAGAUCACUGCCCUGGCCAAGAACUUCUUCAAUGAGCUUUCCCACAAGGGCAAUGCAAUCUAUAACCUCCUUCCAGAUAUCAUCAGCCGUCUGUCAGACCCCGAGGGAGGGGUGGAGGAAGAGCCUUUUCACACCAUCAUGAAGCAGCUGCUCUCCUACAUCACUAAGGACAAGCAGACGGAGAGCCUGGUGGAGAAGCUGUGUCAGAGGUUCCGCACAGCCCGAACCGAGCGGCAGUACCGGGACCUGGCCUACUGUUUGUCACAGCUGCCCCUCACAGAGCGAGGCCUCCGCAAGAUGCUGGACAAUUUUGAAUGCUUUGGAGAUAAACUAUCAGAUGAGUCCAUCUUCAGUGCCUUUUUAUCAGUUGUGGGCAAGCUGCGGCGAGGAGCCAAGCCUGAAGGGAAGGCUAUAAUAGAUGAAUUUGAGCAGAAGCUUCGGGCCUGCCACACAAGAGGAUUAGAUGCAAUAGAAGAACUUGAGAUUGGCCAGGGGGAUAGCCAGAAAACCCCGGCAGCCAAGAAACAGCCCUCCGUCUCUAGGCACCAGCAUCUGGCUUCUAUAGCCUCAGACAAUGACUUUGUCACACCUGAGCCCCGCCGCACUGCCCGUCGGAAUCCAAACACCCAGCAUCGACUUAGGAAAGAGAAACCCAAAAUUGUCUUCUCGAGUGAUGAGUCCAGCGAGGAAGAGCUUUCAGCAGAGAUGACAGAGGAUGAGACUCCGAAGAAAACCACCCCCAUCCGCCGAGCAUCUACUCGCAGGCACAGGUCCUGAGAGGUUGGCUUGCCUGUUCCUGUCCCUGCUGUGUAGGGUAUCUUGUGGAGUGACCUUGAAUUCCGUUCCCCUUGUAAAAUACUUUGCCUGUCUCCUCGGAUUUUUAAUAUGUAAAUCAUCUUU